UGACGUAUAUAUAAGCCCCAUCGGAAGGACUCGGACCUCCAUUGGAAAGAGAGAGAAAAACCCUAGCACCCAGACUUCCGCCUUCAAGGGUUUCAUCAGUUCAAUCCCCAAAUGGCGGAUUCUCCUCGCAGAAGGUCUUCACGGUCGCCAUCUCCUUACAAGCAUCACUCUAGAUCAAGAUCCCAUUCUAGGGGUCGAUCCCAGUCCAGGUCCCACUCUCCCCUUCCCAGGUCUCGAACGCGAUCACGGUCUGGAAGUCGUGGCAGGUCUUUUAAGGUUGAAGCAAGAAAUCCUGGAAAUACUCUUUAUGUAACGGGCCUUUCUUCUAGGGUUACAGAAAGGGAUCUUGAGGACCACUUCUCCAGAGAGGGAAAGGUGGUUGGAUGUCGUUUGGUUGUUGAACCCCGUACACGCAUCUCUCGGGGUUUUGCAUUUGUGACUAUGGACACAAAUGAAGAUGCAGAGCGCUGCAUCAAAUAUCUCAACCAGUCAGUGCUGGAAGGGCGGUACAUAACUGUGGAAAAGUCAAGGAGGGGACGCGCACGAACACCCACGCCUGGACAUUACCUUGGUAUGAAAAGUUCUCGCGACAACAGCUAUCGACAUGACCGUGGAAGAUAUCGUGGAGGCUAUGAUCGUGAUGACUACGGUGGCGGCUAUCGUCGAUCUCCAAGACCCUCACCUUAUCGGGGUGGUCGUGACUAUUCCCCUCGGAGAUCGCCUUAUGGUGGUGGUAGGGGAAGAAGAGAACGAUCAAGGUCCCUACCUUACUCUCCAUAUGGAAGCCCUGAUAGGGGCUAUGGGCGACGUGCAAAUGGGUAUGCCAGAUAAUUUUGGCCCCAGUUCUUAGAUCCGGAUGACUAAUGGAUGGUGUGGAGAUGAUGAUUGGGUCUUCAAGCUUGUUUUCCUUAUUUAAACCGGAUUGAAUGUAGUUUUAGACUUUCAGAAGUCAUGUCAUCCCUAGUUUGUUCAACUGUUCUGGCUGUGUGGCUUUUCUUUACCUUCUUUGCUUCAAACAGUAGGUGUUUGAUGGAUUUAAAAAUAGGUUAACUUUCUGAAGAACGUGAAAAAGUUGCUUAGAGACAUCAGUUUGCCUUUUGAAUGAUUGUUGUUUCCAUUGGCUGCCAAA